AUGCUACCACAUCUGGUUGGUGCAAAUGGACAGAACUUGGGCGAGUGUUCAGUGCCCGAGGAGUACUUGAACCAAUUUGGAUUUUCAAUUUUGGAGUAUCAGCCGGAGAAAUAUCGACUGAAACGAUCAACAACUAAUAACAAGCCCAACAACAACAAACGCGGAUCCGAGUCCCGCACCGGACGGGAUGUGACCAUUGAACGUUUGGACGAUCCCGAAAGUGAGGUUGACAUAGAUAUUCCCCUGGCUUCAUUCUCGAGCACCGGUUCAGGACACUCGUCUGGUUCUGCAUUCCAGCGGACCGAACGUGGACGAAUUCAGUUACGUUGUCCUCCACUCAUUCAGACCCCGUCGACGACCAACACGGUGACACUGCCAAAUUGGCAUCAUUGUGUGGAAAUCCGAUGCAAAGUGGCUAGACUGGAGAAAGGUGACACUGUUCGUCUCCGUUGGUCCGGCUGGUUGUGGGCGGCCACGUAUUUCGAAUUGGGGUCAACGUCCAGAUUCAGUUCGUUUCUANUGGCUGAUCGUCAGUCGGAACCGACCCGCUUGGAAGAUCUAAUUGAGCUUGACUAUCCGGAAGAGACACCGUCAUUUGAACUAAAGCAAUCGAUUAUAUUCCGAAACGUGCAUCCAGAUGUAAUUCAUCAAGUUCCUUGGUGGCCAAUUGUCGUUGGAGUGGUUGUGGGAAGUCUGCUAUUGGCCGCGCUUGGUGUGUGCUGUUAUUGCUGUGGUUUCUUCCGACGUAAGAAAAUUCCCGGAAAAACCGAUGCAAAGCAGACUCGAGGUCAUCGUUCUUCUUCCAAAGAUCGUCUUCUUUCUAGCAAUGGAGAUGAAAUGGACAAUACCGGGAGGCCAGGUGUUCCCAGUUUCUUACCCACUAAGCCUCCACAGGCGGCAACAACAAGAAAAUCUUAUGCCGGUAGACAAGGUAAAACACACAGGAAAGUUCCGGAUCAGACGGAAUUUUUGGUCCAGGCCAGUCCAAAUUUGUUGUGCGCUGAAGAGCCUGAACCUCCCUCUCCCAGAAUACCCCCAUCUUAUGUAGCUCCACCGGGUUGGGAGGUAGAGGAUGAUGAAGAAGCAGGUCAUGAACACUGGUCAGGGGUCGUAGAUGAAUCGACCACAUUCGAAGAUGACACGACAAAACAACAUGGAAAUGAUACAUCCAGCUCCACGGCGCCUGUAGCUCCAACCACUGAAUGCGAUCGGUUCGAAAAAACGGAGGAACAACUCGAAAAUGUCACCUCAAAAGGAAAUGAGGAGAGGAUAAAUAUUGAUCAGCCUAAGGAUUCGAAACACUCUACAGAAAAAGAUAACAACGCCACGGAUCAAAAGCAAGAGGAAUCGGAUGGACGAAAUACCCCGGGAAAUUCCACUAGUGAAAAUCCGGAGCAAAACAAUCAAGGUGAAACAAGUACUUUGUGA